UAAAGUUGGCCUGAUCUAAAAGUUUUGAGAAGUCUGCAAUCUACUGUUUAGAAAAACUACAUUAAGUUGCUUAAUACGAAUGAUACUUAGUAAUGUAGUAUCUUAAGAUUUAUGUAAAAAGUUAUUUAUUUCAGAUGACAAAAGUAUCAUUGGAAGACUGCAAACAACUCAUCGAACGUUAUGAACCAGACAAAAGCAAAUUAGAAGGAUAUUUAUCAGUUAGAGGUUUUAUCCAGAUGUUACUAUCAAAAGAACAUUCUGUGUUAUCACCGGAACACAAUUUUGUUUGUCAAGAUAUGAGUCAACCAUUAAGUCACUAUUAUAUUGCUUCAUCUCAUAACACGUAUUUGAUUGCUGAUCAAUUACUUGGAGAGAGCAGUGUAGAAGGUUACAUCAGAGCUUUGGAACAAGGAUGCAGAUGUGUUGAACGUACGUAAUUCACAAAGAUUAUUAUUUUUUAAAUAUUUUAUUAUUUGAAAUGAUUUUAAUUGUAUGUUAUUGAUACAGCCUUUAUAUUGUUCCUAUUUCCUAUUUAUAGUUUUUUAAAUGACUAUAGUGUCCCUAUAUUGAGGUAAGGUAGCCUGUUUGUCAGGAUAAUGCCUUUCAGUUUUUAGAGAACUGAUAAACUUGGUCACAUGUCUGUAGGAAAGUAAAACCUCCCCAUAUAAGUGCUGCAUGAUCAUUCUGGAAAGGAAGGAUAGAAGACCAACUUUGUUUUAAAACUAUAAAUUUAAUUUAUUUUUAUUAAACCUAAUUGAUAUACUGUACACAAGUUGCCAAAGCAGGAACCUUUGCAAAAUAUGCAAAUCAAUAUGAAAUACCAUACACACUUUCCAGCAAAUAACAUAUAUAUUUUUUUUACUUCCUAUAUACAGGGUGUAUAAGAGUUACGUUUUAAAAAUUUGGGGGAUUGUAGAGGAUGAAAUUUUGAAUGUUUUGAUAUAAGGAAUCCAUAGCCGGAAAUGUAAUAGAAAGUUUCUACAGCACUUUGCAGUCGGUACGCUGAAUGAAACAGCAGA